UUUACCUGGAGAGAAGACAAUGGACAGAGACUCACACUGGCAUUGGACAGAGCACCAGGACAGGAGACAGUGACAGGCAAGACUGUGCUUAGCCUACUGCUAUGUCACUACUCCUGCUGGACGAGACAGCUGGAGACCUGCCUGUCAGAGACAGCAGCCCGAAGCCCUCAGUGAUCACAGCUAUUCAAGGUGUGUCAGCCAUUGCUCGUCCCACGAAGGCCCAGGGGCUGAAGACCCGGGUGAGAGAGUUGGUGGCGUGGACACGGCAGCAUGUGAGCCAAAUGAACCGGGCAGAGCUGGAGGAUGAGCUCCUGCAUCUACAUGAUGAGAACCUGGUGCUCAAAGAGUUUGCCUGCAAGCAGGAGGACAGGAUCAAGAGGCUGGGCACUAAGCUGCUGAGACGUACCCAUGAGCAGGCACAGGUUGAGGGCCGGCUGGGCACCAAGGCCAGGUGGUCAGGCUGGGACCUGGAGGAGUCCUUGGAGGAACUGCAAGAGCGGGUGUGGGACUUGGAGCGGCAAAAUGAAGGGCUGCGGCGGCGUCUGCUAGCCUACAAGCAGCAGCUGCAGCUCCACGGUUGCAGGCGCCACUGGCCCUAUGGCUACGUCCAACCCCGGGUGGACACUGGACUCCGGCAGGUCCACAGCGCAGCCGGGAGGGUGACUGAGAGACAUCCCAGAGGGAUGCGGGUGCGUGGUCCAGAGGCCAGACCUACCCACACAGCUCCCCCAAGAUACAGAGACCACAUCACAGAGGGAGUACGAGCCGAUAUGGAGAGACGAUGUGUCCCUCCCCCACCAAGCACCACGGAAGGGGUAGCAGCCCCUGAAUCCCAACUAGCCACCAUCCGGGGGAACGUGGAGCUGAUCCGGCUGCAGCGGCUCCUGAGAGAGCGGAGCUGCGAGCUGGUCGUGACCAGAGGCCGAUUCACUGACUUGCAGAAGGCGUAUGAGAGCCAGCUCCAGCAGAACCAAGAGACGUUGCGAACCAGCAGUGAGGCCCUCCUGGCCCAGCUGGAGGUGCUUACUGUGCAGCUGAAGGCAGAGACGCAGAAGGUGAUGGCGUUGGAGAGCAAAGUGGAGAGAGUCUCAUUCCUGCAGGGGGCACUGGAGGAGUUUCAGGAGAGAAUCAGGUCCCUGGAGACGGAGCGAGACCUGUUGAAGGAGGAUUAUGAUAAAUUGCUGGAGAGCACUCUGGCCUGUGAGCAGCGGCAGGGGGACAUCUCACAGCUGGAGGAGCAGCUGAGCUUGGAGCUGGCAGAGAAGAGGGGACUGAUGGAGGAGCUGGUGCAGGAGAGAGCUCGGAAUGAGGAGCUGAAGCAGGAAGUGGAGAGGGGGAAGCAAACUCCAGAGCAGAAGCCUGAUCCGACCCUGUUCCAGCCCCCCUGCCUCGAUAGGCUCCCCACCGAGACUGAGCCGGAGGAGCUGUUCAGCCAGCGGAGCCUGAGCCGGAAACUCCGUGAGACAGAAGCUGCCCAUGCUGACACCAUCUUGGAGCUGGAGAAAACCCGGGACAUGCUGAUCUUGCAGCACCGCAUCAACCGGGACUAUCAGGCCGAGCUGGAAGGUGUGAUGGUGCAGGCUGAACAGGAGAAGAGGGGACAUGAGGAAAAGCAGCAGAAAAUGGUGCAGCUCCUGGAUCUGCGCAGCACUCACAUCCGCCAGCUGGAGGAGCAGCUGAAGGAUGUGGCCUAUGGGACACGGCAGCUCCCACUCCUGCGGACUGAGGGUGAUGUGGACGUGGAGGAGGGCAAGGUCCCCGUGCUGCGGCGUGGUGAGAACCUGUUUGAGCUUCACAUUGCAGGGGCAAUGCUGUCAGGGGAGGCACUGCAGCUGCUGGGGGAAGUCCAGCCUGUCACCUUCUGCACCUAUGCCUUCUACGACUUCGAGACGCACUGCACACCGGUGGUGCGGGGGGCCCGGCCCCGCUACAGCUUCACGUCUCAGUACGUGAUACAGGCUGAGCCCUUCUUCCUGCAGUACCUGCAGAGGGCUGCCGCUCGCCUAGACUUGCACCUGGCCACGGCUACUGACCACAGCACUCUGGCUUCCUGUUGGCUGCGCUUCCGGGAGGUUCUGGGGAGCGGGGAGCGCAUGCAUGCCACAGCGAUGCUACAUGGUCCGAGCGGCGAGAACUACGGGAUGCUGGAGUAUUGGAUGAGGCUGCGCCUGCCCAUGGAGCAGACCAUGCGGCUGCACUGCCAGCGCACCAAGGCCUUGGGCUACUUGUCAGCCUGCGUGCCCCAGGCCAGAGAUGCCCAGCAGAGCAGGCAGCAGGACAAGGAGGGGGUCCUGGAUGCUGAGUGGCUGUGGAAUGAGCUGCAAGUGCAGAUUGUAGGCUGCACCAGCCUGCGGGGUCGCUGGCUCAGCACCCAGCCCAGCCCCUAUGCCAUGUACCGCUUCUUCACCUUUCCUGACCACGACACGCCCAUCAUCCCCUGCAGCAACAACCCGCACUUUGGAGACCUGCGGACCUUCCCCAUGCGCCCCACAGCUGAACUCGACCGCUAUCUGCGUCUAGAGAGCCUCUGGGUGUACAUCUUCGACGAUGAGGAUACUGAGCCAGGCAGUUACUUGGGCAAAGCACAGAUCCCCCUGCUGCCUCUGGCAUGCGGGCACAGUAUCACAGGAGAUUUUGUCCUCACCAACCCGGCUGGGCACCCCAAUGGCUCCAUCAGCCUCAGCCUGGAGUGGAAGCAUCGGUACCUGCCCCUAGGGGACACCCUGUACCAAGCGGCCUGGGCCAGGGAACACCAGCGUGAGACACCCUUGGAGCAGCUGAUUGAGGAGGAAAGGGCUGCACUACACAGCCAGGCCUGGCUUGCUCCCAGCAUCUUGCCAUCGCAGCCUGAGGGACAGAGGAUGAAGCUCCAUAUCUUGGCGAGCAAGGUUGAUGGAUGCAGGGAGAAGUGGGGAAGGCGGAAUGCGGGAGCCAGCAGUCAGACUCAGCCUAAUCCAGUGCCAGCAUCCAGUGGCUACACCCCAGAGGAGGGAGAAGAGUUGGCUCCAGUGGGAGACACUGCUGAGGGGACACUGGAGGGGAAGGAGGCCCAGGCUGGCGAGGAGGAAGCAGGACACUCAGCUAAGGACGCUGAAACCUCUGCCAGGACCCAGCGCUUGGAGCCCAAAUCCCUUGCACUGGACGUAGGCUCUGCUCCAGAGGACAUGGCCCCCGAGGAGGCCUGUGAGCCAGCGCUGGAGAGCAACAGCGAUGCACAGACCACAGACAGUGACGAGAUUGUGGUGGGGACCAGCCUCGGGAGCCCUCCAAAGGACGUGGAGCGGAUCCGCAUUGAGAUCGUCUCGCUGAGCCUGCACCCUGAGGCGGAGGCCAUGGCCAGCGAGCACAUCCAGCAGCUGUACGUGGAGUACCACUUCCCAGGGGUGCCCCUGGCUGAGACAGAGACCCCCCUGUCCCUGCGCAAGCCCCAGGGCGGCGAGGAGAUCUACUUCCACUUCAGCAAGGUGAUUCAGCUGGACACGGAGGGGGUGAGCAGCCAGCGGGAAAUCCUCUUCUCCAUGCUGCAGGCAGAGGAGGCAGGGCAGAGCUGGCUGCAGUUUGUGGUGGUGAGCGAGCCCCCGCCUGGGACAGGAGGCGAGUGUGAGGACGUGGGCUUUGCCUACAUAGACCUGCGUGAGAUCCUGCUGACAGGCAACGAUGUGCUGGAGCGUGACCUGGACGUUGUCAGCCCUCAGGACCACUCUGCCAUCGGGAGGCUGAAGGUCUCUGUGGAAGCAGCUGCUGCCCUCUGCGCCAUCUACUGGGAGGGGAGACGAAAGGCUGAGGAGGAGGAAUGAAGGACCCGUCAGCUCCCACAAGGCGUGCAAGCACUUGGCACAGUAAGGUUCAAAUGGGGACCUCAAAGCAGUCAGCCCAUGACUCAGAUUGCGAGCUCCUCGGGGCAGCGCCUGGCCUGUCCCUGCUCUGUCUAUGCAGAGCCUAGCACAAGGGGUCCUGGGCCAUGCCUGAGCGUCAAAGUGCUGCCAUAAUACAAACAACAAGAGGUGAGCAGCGUC